AUGAGGAAACAUCGGCAUUUGCCCUUACUGGCCAUUUUUUGCCUCUUUUUCUCAGGCUUCUCUUUCACUCGUGGUCAACAACAGCCAGAUGUCAAAAAUGGUGCCGCUGCCGAUAUAAUAUUUCUAGUGGAUUCCUCUUGGAGCAUUGGCAAGGAACAUUUCCAACUUGUUCGAGAGUUUCUAUAUGAUGUUAUAGAAUCUUUAGCGGUGGGAGACAAUGAUUUCCGUUUUGCUCUGGUCCAGUUCAACGGCAACCCACAUACCGAGUUCCUGUUCAAUACGUAUCGUUCUAAACAAGAAGUCCUCUCCCAUGUUUCCAACAUGUCUUAUAUUGGGGUCAGCAAUCAGACUGGAAAAGGAUUAGCACACGUAAUGCAGAACCACCUCACUGAGGCUGCCGGAAGCCGGGCCAGUGACGGAGUCCCUCAGGUUAUCGUAGUGUUAACCCAUGGACACUCGGAGGACGGCCUUGCUCUGCCCUCCGCGGAACUUAAGUCUGCUGAUGUUAACGUGUUUGCAAUUGGAGUUGAGGAUGCAGAUGAAGGAGCCUUAAAAGAAAUAGCAAGUGAACCGCUCAAUAUGCAUGUUUUCAACCUAGAGAAUUUUACCUCACUUCAUGACAUAGUAGGAAACUUAGUGGCCUGUGUGCACUCAUCCAUGACUCCAGAAAGGGCUGGAGGCACAGAAACCCCUAAAGACAUCACAGCACAAGACUCUGCUGACAUUAUUUUCCUUAUUGAUGGAUCAAACAACACCGGAAGUGUCAAUUUCGCAGUCAUUCUCGACUUCCUUGUAAAUCUCCUUGAGAGACUGUCAAUUGGAACUCAGCAGAUCCGAGUGGGGGUGGUGCAGUAUAGCGAUGAGCCCAGAACCAUGUUCUCCUUGAACAGCUACUCCACCAAGGCUCAGGUUCUGGAUGCAGUGAAGGCCCUGGGGUUCAUUGGUGGAGAACUGGCCAAUGUUGGCCUUGCCCUGGAUUUUGUGGUGGAGAAUCACUUCACCCGGGCGGGGGGCAGCCGAGUGGAGGAAGGGGUUCCCCAGGUGCUGGUCCUCAUAAGUGCUGGGCCUUCUAGUGAUGAGAUCCGAGAUGGGGUCGUAGCACUGAAGCAGGCUAGCGUUUUCUCGUUUGGCCUCGGAGCCCAGGCCGCCUCCAAGGCAGAGCUUCAGCACAUAGCUACCAAUGACAACCUGGUGUUUAUUGUCCCGGAAUUCCGUAGCCUUGGGGACGUCCAGGAACAAUUACUGCCGUACAUUGUUGGCGUGGCCCAAAGGCACAUUGUCUUGCAACCGCCAACCAUUGUCACCCAAGUCAUUGAAGUCAACAAGAGGGACAUAGUUUUCCUCGUGGAUGGCUCUUCCAAACUGGGACUGACCAACUUCAAUGCAAUCCGCGACUUCAUUGCCAAGGUCAUCCAGAGGCUGGAGAUCAGACAGGAUCUAAUCCAGGUGGCGGUGGCCCAGUACGCAGACACAGUGAGGCCAGAGUUUUAUUUCAAUACCCACCCCGGCAAGAGGGAGGUCAUAAACGCCGUGCGGAGAAUGAAGCCCUUGGAUGGCUCAGCCUUGUACACGGGCUCCGCUCUGGAUUUUGUCCGGAACAACCUGUUCACGGAGGCGGCCGGCUACCGGGCCGCCGAGGGGGUCCCUAAGCUUCUGGUGCUGGUUACAGGCGGUAAGUCCCUAGAUGCGGUCAGCCAGCCCGCCCAGGAGCUGAAGAGGAGCGGCAUCCUGGCCUUCGCCGUCGGGAACAAGGUGGCUGACCAGGCUGAACUGGAAGAGAUCGCUUUCGAUUCCUCCCUGGUGUUCACUGCCACCGAGUUCCGACCCGCCCCUUUGCAGGGCGUGCUGCCCGGCUUGCUCGGGCCUCUCAGGACCCUCACUGGAACCACUGAAGUUCACGUAAACAAAAGGGAUAUCAUCUUUCUUUUGGAUGGAUCGUCCAACGUCGGGAAGACCAAUUUCCCUUAUGUGCGGGACUUUGUCAUGAACCUAGUUAACAGCCUUGAUGUUGGAAGCGACCACAUUCGGGUCGGUCUGGUGCAGUUUAGUGACACUCCGGUGACGGAGUUCUCCCUAAACACCUACCCGACCAAGUCAGAGUUGCUAGCUCACCUGAGGCAGAUGCAGCUCCAGGGGGGGUCAGUCCUGAACACAGGCGCGGCCCUGAGCUAUGUGCAUGCCAACCACUUCACCGAAGCUGGCGGCAGCAGGAUCCGGGACCACGUGCCGCAGCUGCUUCUCCUGCUCACGGCCGGGCAGUCUGAGGACUCCUAUUUGCAAGCCGCCAAUGCCCUGGCGCGUGCGGGCAUCCUGACCUUUUGUGUGGGCACUAGCCAGGCCGAUAGGGCGGAGCUUGAGCAGAUUGCUUUUAACCCGGGCCUGGUGUAUCUCAUGGAUGAUUUCAGCUCCCUGCCAGCUUUGCCUCAACAGCUGAUUCAGCCCCUAACCACUUAUGUUAGUGGAGGUGUGGAGGAGGUGCCUCUUGCCCAGCCAGAGAGCAAGCGAGACAUCCUGUUCCUUUUCGACGGCUCAGCCAACCUCAUGGGCCAGUUCACUGCCGCCCGCGACUUUCUCUACAAGGUCAUCGAUGAGCUGGACGUGAAACCCGACGGGACCCGGAUUGCGGUGGCUCAGUACAGUGACGAUGUCAAGGUGGAAUCCCGUUUUGACCAGCACCAGAAUAAGCCCGAGAUCCUGAAUCUCGUGAAGAGGAUGAAGCUCAAGACGGGCAAAGCCCUCAACCUGGGCUAUGCCCUGGACUACGCGCAGAGGUACAUCUUUGUGAAGGCUGCUGGAAGCCGGAUCGAGGACGGAGUGCUUCAGUUCCUGGUGCUGCUAGUGGCGGGAAAGUCAUCGGACCGUGUGGAUAGGCCCGCGCUCAACCUGAAGCAGAGUGGGGUGGUGCCCUUCAUCCUCCAGGCGAAGAACGCAGACCCUGCUGAGUUGGAGCUGAUCGUACCAUCCCCAGCCUUUAUUCUGGCUGCGGAGUCCCUUCCUAAGAUUGGAGACCUGCAACCGCAGAUCGUGAACCUCUUAAAAUCGGUGCAAAAUGGGGCACCAGCGCCAGUUUCAGUUGAAAAGGAUGUGGUGUUUCUGAUUGACGGCUCUGAGGGUGUCAGGAGCGGCUUCCCACUGCUGAAGGAGUUCGUCCAGAGAGUGGUGGAGAGCCUGGACGUGGGGCCAGACCGGGUCCGCGUGGCCGUGGUGCAGUACAGUGACCGGACCAGGCCCGAGUUCUACCUGAAUUCCUACAUGGACCAGCAGAGCGUGGUCGGAGCCAUCCGCGGGCUGGCCCUGCUGGGCGGGCCAACCCCCAACACGGGGGCUGCCCUGGAGUUUGUCCUGAGGAACAUCCUGGUGGGCUCUGCCGGGAGCCGCAUAGCGGAAGGCGUCCCCCAGCUCCUGAUCGUCCUCACCGCCGACAGGUCUGGGGACGACGUGAGGGGCCCCUCCGUGGUCCUGAGGAGGGGAGGGGCCGUGCCCAUCGGCAUCGGCAUUGGGAACGCCGACAUCACCGAGAUGCAGACCAUCUCCUUCAUCCCGGACUUCGCCGUGGCCAUCCCCACCUUCCGGCAGCUGGGGACCAUCCAACAGGUCAUCUCAGAGAGGGUGACCCAGCUCAGCCGCGAGGAGCUGAGCAAGCUGCAGGCGUCUGUCAUCCCCAUGACGACCCCGGUGGUCAGCGGCAAGAGGGACGUGGUCUUUCUCAUCGAUGGGUCCCAGAAUGCUGGCCCUGAGUUCCAGCACAUCCGAACACUCAUCGAGAGGCUGGUCGACUACCUGGAUGUGGGCUUCGACACGACCCGGGUGGCGGUCAUCCAGUUCAGCGAUGACCCCAGGGUGGAGUUCCUGCUGAACGUCCACUCCAGCAAGGACGAGGUGCAGAAUGCCGUGCGGCGGCUGCGGCCCAAAGGCGGAAGGCAGAUCAACGUCGGGGGUGCCCUGGAGUACGUGGCAAGGAACAUCUUCAAGAGGCCCCUGGGGAGCCGGAUUGAGGAGGGUGUUCCUCAGUUCCUGGUCCUCAUUUCCUCCGGGAAGUCCGACGAUGAGGUGGACGACUCGGCCGUAGAGCUCAAGCAGUUUGGCGUGGCGCCACUCACGAUCGCCAGGAACGUGGACCAGGAAGAGCUGGUGAAGAUCUCGCUGAGCCCCGAGUACGUGUUUUCAGUGAACACCUUCCGAGAGCUCCCCAGCCUGGAGCAGAAACUGUUGACGCCCAUCACCACCCUGACUGCCGAGCAGAUACAGCAGCUCCUGGCCAGCACUCGCUACCCGCCUCCAGCUGUGGAGAGCGAUGCUGCAGACAUCGUCUUCCUCAUCGACAGCUCUGAUGGCGUGAAGCCAGAUGGCAUCGCGCACAUCCGGGACUUUGUUAUCAGGAUCGUGCGGAGACUCAACGUUGGUCCCAACAAAGUGAGAAUUGGGGUCCUGCAGUUCAGCAACGAUGUCUUCCCAGAAUUUCAACUAAAGACCUAUAAAUCCCAGGCCAGCGUGCUGGACGCCAUACGUCGCCUGAGGUUCAAAGGGGGGUCUCCUCUCAACACUGGCAAGGCUCUGGAAUUUGUGGCAAGGAAUUACUUUGUCAAAUCUGCCGGGAGCCGGAUAGAAGAUGGGGUGCCCCAACACCUGGUUCUGUUUCUGGGUGGAAAAUCCCAGGAUGAUAUUUCCAGGUAUUCCCAGGUGAUAAAGUCUGCGGGAAUUGCGAGCUUAGGCAUUGGAGACCGAAACAUUGACAGAACAGAGCUGCAGACCAUCACCAGCGACCCCAGGCUCGUCUUCACGGUGCGGGAGUUCAGAGACCUCCCCAACAUAGAAGAAAGGAUCAUGAAUUCCUUUGGGUCCUCAGGGGUCACCCCUGCACCUCCAGGAGUGGACACGCCCUCUCCCUCAAGGCCAGAGAAGAAGAAAGCCGAUAUCGUGUUCCUGCUGGAUGGUUCCAUCAAUUUCCGGAGAGACAGUUUCCAGGAAGUGCUCCGUUUUGUGUCAGAAAUUGUGGACACGGUUUAUGAAGGGGGCGACUCCAUCCAGGUGGGGCUGGUCCAGUACAACUCUGACCCCACUGACGAGUUCUUUCUGAAGGACUUCCCCACCAAGCAGCAGAUUAUCGAUGCCAUAAACAAGGUGGUCUACAAAGGGGGGAGGCACGCGAACACCAAGGUGGGCCUGGAGCACUUGCGGCUGAACCACUUCGUGCCUGAGGCGGGCAGCCGCCUGGACCAGAGGGUCCCGCAGAUUGCCUUUGUGAUCACGGGGGGCAAGUCAGCGGAGGACGCUCAGGAGGCGAGCAUGGCACUCACGCAGAGAGGCGUCAAGGUGUUCGCGGUGGGCGUAAGGAACAUCGACUCGGAGGAGGUUGGGAAGAUAGCGUCCAACAGCGCCACAGCCUUCCGGGUGGGGAACGUCCAAGAGCUGUCGGAACUGAGCGAGCAAGUUUUGGAAACUCUGCACGAUGCGAUGCAUGAGACCUUAUGUCCAGGCGUGACUGACGUUUCCAAAGCCUGUAAUUUGGAUGUGAUUCUGGGCUUCGAUGGUUCAGGAGAUCAGAAUGUCUUUGUGGCUCAGAAGGGCCUCGAGUCCAAGGUGGACGCCAUCCUGAGGAGAAUCAGUCAGAUGCAAAAAAUCAGCUGCAGCGGCAGCCAGCUGCCCACGGUGCGGGUGUCCGUGGUGGCCCUCACGCCCUCGGGCCCUGUCGAGGCCUUUGACUUUGCUGAGUACCAGCCGGAGCUGUUUGAGAAGUUCCAGAACAUGCGUGCCCAGCACCCCUAUGUCCUCACCGCGGACACGCUGAAGCUAUACCAGAACAAGUUCCGGCAGGCCUCGCUGGACAACGUGAAGGUGGUCAUUCAUCUUACGGAUGGAGUGGAUGGGGAUCUGGCUGAUUUACAAAGAGCAUCAGAGGAACUCCGACAAGAAGGUGUCCGAGCGCUGAUCUUGGUGGGCCUUGAGCGCGUCGCCAACUUGGAGCAGCUGAUGCACCUCGAGUUUGGGCGAGGAUUCACGUACAACCGGCCCCUGCGGCUGAAUCUGCUGGAUCUAGAUUACGAGCUAGCCGAGCAGCUUGACAACAUCGCCGAGAAGGCCUGCUGUGGGAUCCCCUGCAAAUGCUCUGGACAAAGAGGGGACCGAGGGCCCAUAGGCAGCAUCGGGCCAAAGGGUAUUCCUGGAGAAGACGGCUACCGAGGUUAUCCUGGUGACGAAGGUGGACCUGGUGAGCGCGGUCCUCCUGGCGUGAACGGCACUCAAGGUUUCCAGGGCUGCCCUGGGCAGAGAGGAGUCAAGGGCUCUCGUGGAUUCCCAGGAGAGAAGGGUGAAUUAGGAGAGAUUGGACUGGACGGUCUUGAUGGUGAAGAUGGCGACAAAGGACUGCCCGGUACUUCUGGAGAGAAAGGGAGUCCAGGAAGGAGGGGUGACAAAGGACCCAAAGGAGAUAAAGGCGAGAGAGGUGAUGUCGGGAUCAGAGGCGACCCGGGCAAUUCAGGACAGGACAGCCAGCAGAGGGGAGCCAAAGGAGAAAUCGGAGACAUCGGCCCCGUGGGUCUCCCUGGGAGAGACGGGGUGUCUGGAGGGCCUGGAGAACCCGGGAAAAGCGGCGGCUUUGGCCGAAGGGGACCAGCAGGAGCUAAGGGCAACCAGGGCGGCCCCGGGCAGCCGGGCCCUGUGGGAGAGCAGGGGACCAGAGGCGCACAGGGUCCUCCCGGUCCCACCGGUCCUCCAGGCCUGAUUGGUGAACAGGGCAUUCCCGGACCUCGGGGAAGUGGGGGAACUGCAGGUGCUCCUGGAGAACGCGGCAGAACCGGGCCCCUGGGAAGAAAGGGUGAGCCCGGAAAUCCAGGACCUAAGGGGAGCAUCGGGAACCGGGGUCCUCGCGGGGAGACGGGAGAUGAUGGGCGAGAUGGAGUUGGCAGUGAAGGACGCAGAGGCAAGAAAGGAGAAAGAGGAUUCCCUGGAUAUCCAGGUCCAAAGGGCAAUCCUGGUGAGCCAGGGACAGACGGACCACCAGGACCCAAAGGCAUCAGAGGCCGAAGGGGAAACUCCGGACCUCCAGGGAUAGCUGGACAGAAGGGAGACCCCGGUUACCCAGGACCGUCUGGUUAUAAAGGCAGCAGAGGCGACUCGAUGGACCAAUGUGCGCUGGUCCAGAGCAUCAAAGAUAAAUGCCCUUGCUGUUAUGGGCCCCUGGAGUGCCCCGUCUUCCCGACGGAGCUGGCCUUCGCCUUGGACACCUCCGAGGGGGUCACCCAGGACACGUUCAGCAGGAUGAGGGAGGUGGUCCUCAAGAUUCUGGACGACCUGACCAUCGCCGAGAGCAACUGCCCACGGGGGGCCCGCGUGGCCGUGGUCACCUACAACAACGAGGUCACCACGGAGAUCCGCUUUGCCGACUCCAGGAAGAAGUCCGUCCUCCUGGACAAGAUCAAGAACCUGCAGGUGUCAUUGACCUCCAAGCAGCAGAGCCUGGAAACCGCCAUGUCCUUCGUGGCCAGAAACACGUUUAAGCGGGUGCGGAGCGGGUUCCUGAUGAGGAAGGUGGCGGUGUUCUUCAGCAAUAAGCCCACGAGGGCGUCCCCGCAGCUCCGGGAGGCUGUGCUCAAGCUCUCAGAUGCCGGGAUCACACCCUUGUUCCUCACGAGUCAGGAGGACCGGCAGCUGAUCAAUGCCCUGCAGAUCAAUAACACAGCGGUGGGCCAUGCCCUUGUCCUUCCUGCUGGCGGAGACCUCACGGACUUCUUGCAGAAUGUCCUGACUUGUCACGUCUGCUUGGACAUCUGCAACAUCGACCCAUCCUGUGGAUUCGGCAGCUGGAGGCCUGCCUUCAGGGACCGGAGGGCAGCAGGCAGCGACGUAGACAUCGACAUGGCUUUCAUCUUAGACAGCUCCGAGUCCACCACCCCGUUCCAGUUCAACGAGAUGAGGAAGUACAUCGAGUACCUGGUCCGACAGCUGGACGUGAGCCCGGACCCCAAGGCCUCCCAGCACUUCGCCCGCGUGGCAGUGGUACAACAUGCACCCUACGAGGCAGUGGACAACGCCAGCGUGCCGCCUGUGAAGGUGGAGUUCUCCCUGACCGACUAUGGCUCCAAGGAGAAGCUGCUGGCCUUCCUCGGCAGCAGGAUCACCCAGCUGCAGGGGACCAGGGCCUUGGGCCGCGCCAUCGACUACACUAUCGAGAACAUCUUCGAAAGCGCGCCCAACCCCCGGGACCUGAAGAUCGUGGUGCUGAUGCUGACGGGCGAGGUGCAGAAGCAGCAGCUGGAGGAGGCCCAGAGAGCCAUCCUGCAGGCCAAAUGCAAAGGCUACUUCUUCGUGAUCCUGGGCAUCGGCAGGAAGGUGAACGUGAAGGAGCUGUACAGCUCUGCCAGCGAGCCCAAUGACGUCUUCUUCAAGCUGGUGGACAAGUCGACCGAGCUCAAUGAGGAGCCGCUGAUGCGCUUCGGGAGGCUGCUGCCAUCCUUCGUCAGCAGUAAAGAUGCUUUCUACCUGUCCCCAGAUAUCAGGAAACAGUGUGAUUGGUUCCAAGCAGACCAACCGGCAAAGAAUCUCGUGCAGUUUGGUUACAAACAGAUAAAUGUUCCAAAUAAUGUUACUUCAAGUCCUACAUCCAAACUGGUGACCACAACAAAGCCAGUGAUCACCACGACCAAACCAGUAACAGUGGUGAACCUGCCAGCCUCAAAGCCAGCUGCCACGAGACCUGUGGCUGAGAGACCCGCAGCUGGGAGAUCUGCCACCAAACCUGUGGCUACCAGGCCCGAGGCUGCAAAGACAGCCACAGCCAGACCUGCAGUGGCCGCGAAGCCUGCAGCAGCCAAACCUGCCCCUGCCAGACCCCCCACUGCUGCCAGAUCCAUGGCCACGAGGUCUGAGGCCCCCAGGCCCCAGGCGGCCAAAUUGGCUGCCAGCAGGCCCGCCACAACUAAGCCCGUGGUGAAGGCACCCCGCGAGGUCCACGUGUCCGAGGUCACGGAGAACAGCGCCAAGCUGCACUGGGAGAGGCCCGAGCCCCCCAGCCCUUACUUAUACAACCUCACCGUCACCUCAGCCCGCGAUCAGGCCGUGGUUCUGAAGCAGAACCUCACUGUCACGGACCGCGUCGUCGGGGGCCUGCUCCCCGGGCAGACUUACCACGUCACGGUGAUCUGCUCCCUGAGGUCUCAGGUCAGAGGCGUCUACCAAGGCAGCUUCAGCACGAAGAAAAUUCAGCCUCCACCUCCGCAAACAGAGAGAUUAGCUUCUAGUGCAACCAUCAAUCUAGUGGUGAGCGCAGACCAGUUGCCUGGGAGUAAAGCAGAUAUAUGUAAGCUGCCAAAGGACGGCGGAACUUGCAGAGAGUUUGUAUUAAAGUGGUACUAUGAUUCUGUAACUGAAAACUGCGCCAGAUUCUGGUAUGGAGGCUGCGGUGGAAAUGAAAACAGAUUUAAUUCGCAGGAUGAAUGUGAAAAGGUUUGCCCUCCUGUGCCCAUCAAGCAGCCCGGAGUUAUCGCCGCGAUGGGGACCUAG